AAAUGAGAGGUGUUGACUACAAAAACGGGGUCGUGUACAGCGUGGAGGUUUCAUUGCCUCGAUACUUUACUGUACCCAGCACUGUGACGAUGCCUCUAAAGAAAGACACCAACAUAUGGAAGAAUCCUGCAGAUCACGAUUGUGUGGAAAUCCCCUUGCGGUUCACGGCGGACUCCGUGGGACAGUUCUCGUGUCAAAUCAUUCUGAGGUCCUGCUUUGAUACCAGAGUCUACUUGAUGGAGGCGCUGGUCACCUCACUGGGAGGAUCUGUUCAUUUGGACUUUAGUUCACCCGCUCAGCAUUCUGUCACACAAGAUAUACCUCUGCAAAAUGAGACCCAUCAAGACUGGACCUUAAAGGCUGACUUGUGUGGCGACGGCUUCUAUGGCCCGACCGUUUUGAAUGUACCAGCCGGGACGAGAGCUUGUUACCCUCUCACUUUCCAUCCCACUUCACAAUGCGUUGUCAUGGGGAAGCUGUCUUUGCAUAACAGCUACAAUGGGGUGGAGCAUGUCUUUACCAUCCGAGGGGUGGGUGAGCGCCCCCUGCCUGUGGAGCAUGUCGUACUACGCUGUCCCGUGGGCGAGACCACUAGCAGACAGCUGAAUGUCCCGAACUACACUCAGAAGACGCUCUCUCUUCAG